UUGUACAAUUCGAAUUGCUCGCUUGUGUGAUGUGUCUCUGUGUGUGAUGUGUUCGAUUUUUGAGAAAAUGCGUUUCUAAUUGAAAUUUUUAAAAAAUUUAAAAAAAAACAAAAAAAAUGGCCGAAUGUGAUAUAAAAAAUAGUGAUCAUUUAAUAGCUAAUAAAUCAUCAUUAAUAUCAUCAUCAUCAUUAGAUGAUAAUGAUAAUAUUCAGCAACAAUCAUCAAAUUUGGAUGGAAAAACUAAACGUAAAACACAUCGUCUGAAACAACGUUUUCAAGUUGUAAAAAAACUUGGACAAGGUACAUAUGGUAAAGUACAAUUAGCAAUUAAUAAUGAAUCUGGUCAGGAGGUUGCAAUCAAAACGAUCAAAAAGAAUAAAGUUUCCAAUCAACAAGAUUUGGUUCGUAUCCGACGUGAAAUACAAAUCAUGUCAUCGAUUAAUCAUCCAAAUAUUAUACAUAUUUUUGAAGUUUUCGAAAAUAAAGAUAAAAUCGUUUUGGUUAUGCAAUAUGCAAGCGGUGGUGAACUAUAUGAUUAUGUUAGCUAUCAUAAAGCAUUGUCGGAUAUGGAAGCUAGACGUGUUUUUCGUCAAAUUGCUACAGCCAUCUAUUAUUGUCAUAAAAAUAAAAUUUGUCAUCGUGAUCUGAAAUUGGAGAAUAUUCUGUUGGAUGAAAAAGGCAAUGCAAAAAUUGCCGAUUUUGGUCUUUCAAAUGUAUUUGAUGAUAAACAUUUUCUACAAACAUUUUGUGGUAGUCCAUUAUAUGCAUCACCGGAAAUUGUUCGUGGUCUGCCAUAUUUUGGUCCUGAAGUUGAUUGUUGGUCACUUGGUGUAUUGCUUUAUACAUUGGUUUAUGGUGCAAUGCCAUUUGAUGGUAGUAAUUUUAAAAAAUUAGUUAAACAAAUUUCCGAAGCAAAUUUUUUCGAGCCACCAGAAAAAUCUCCGGCUACCGAAUUGAUUCAUAAACUUUUGACACCUGAACCAAAAGAACGUGCAUCAAUUAUCGAUAUUUGUAUGGAUCCAUGGGUAAAUCAAGAUAGCGAACAUCUUUUGCUACAAGUUGCUGAAGAUAUGUCCAACCUGACUAAUCAUGCUGUACGAUUAGAUAUGUUGUUGGCAUUAGCUCCUGGUUCUGUUGCUGCCACUGCUGCUGCUGCUUCGGCAACACCAUCAAAUGAUGAACAACCGAAACCAGCAGAUUCGAAUGUUGGCGAUAAUCAAUCAAAUAAACGACCAAAUGAAACAAAUUCAGCAAAUGAUAGUUUAGCUGAUUUAGCUGGUAAAAAGACAACGAAAAAGAAAUCAAAGAAAAAUUUAUCAAAUGAACAAAUUAUGACAACUGCAAAUGAUUUGGUCAAACAACCAGAAGAAAAGAUUGUUGAUGAGAAACCAUCACCGGAAUCUAAUCAGGAAAAAUCAAUCGAUGAAAUUGAUCAAGAAAAAGAAAAUUUCGAAACUAUUUCGACACCAGUGAAUGAACAACCAACAUCGGCAAAAAUUGAGGAAAAUGAAACAACAACAACAAUUGAUAAAAAUGAUAAAAAUUCAAGUCAAACAAGUUUAAAAUCUACUGGAUCAUCUGGUUCGAUAACAACGAAAAAACGUGGCCGAAUAUCGAUACCAAAAAUAUGGGAUGAUAAUAAUAAUCAGGAAAAAUUAAAAACAAGCAGUACUAAUAGCAGUAUGGGAAGUCCACGCAAAGAACCAAAAUCACCGGGUUUAUUUUCCGUUUCGGAAUUGAAAAAAGAAUUGGAACAACGAACUAAAUUGGACGCUGUACCAUCAUCAAUAUUGGCAAAAAGACGUGAUACAUUGGCCGAUACAAGUGAAUUGAAACAACAAUCGUCGGCAGCCAUAAUGGAAAAUGUUAAAAAAUAUAAAAAUCGUAGCAUUAGUUUGAAUUUGAAUCAAGUGAUUGAUGAACAGAAGAAUAAAACCGUUGUUGUUGAUCAAGAUGAUAAAUCAAAAUUGUUGAAAUCCGAAAAAGAAGAAUCACCAUUGAAAUCAACAAUCAAAGAUGAUGAUGGUGGCCAAUUUGUUGAUGAAAAAACAACAUCGACAUCGAAAACAUCAAGUACAUCAUCAAUUAAAUCAGAUGAUAAAUCAUUGGCCAAACAAAUUAUACAGAAAAAUAUAGCUAAAGCAAAAUUAAUGGAAAAACGGCAAACAUCCGUACAAUCAACAACAACAACGGCAACGGAUUUACAAUCCGGUGAAACAACACCAUUAAUUUCGAUUGAAAAUUCGACUAUUUCGUCAAUGAUGCGAAAUAGUCCAAAUUCAUCAACAUCGAAUGUAUUUUUUCGAACAAAAUCCGGUCUAAAUGAUACAUUGGUGGAUAAUGUUGCUAGUGGUAGUGGUGUUUCGACUCCAACGACCAAAGAUAUUAAUCAACAAUUAUCAUCAUCAACAUCGAUAGAUCAAUCGAUUGUAGUGAAUCCGGCACCAAUUGCACGAAGUUAUAAAAAAAUUAUCUUCACAAAAGAUGGUGCAAAAAUUACCGAAACUGGUAAAUUUUAUUCACAUGAAGGUGAUGGUGUUACUACCCGGGUGGAAAAAACAAGUCGAAUAACGAUUAAAAACAAUAAUAAUAAUGAUAAUAAUUCAUCAACAGCAACAACAUUAUUACAACGUUCGGAUAGUCAAAGUUCAACUGGUUCAUUGGAUAUUUUUGAUGAUAUUUUUGAAGAUCAUUGGACUGAUAGUUUGUUUUCGGAUGCAAAAAGUUUAUUUAAUAAUUUUUUCGGUCGUCGAAGUGAAAAGUUAAGUCUUCGAUCACGUGCCGAAAGUCUCGAACGUACUGCAAAUUUUUUCCCCGGAAGAUCAACCGAUUCAAUUCGAUCGGAAAGAAAAUUUCCAACAACAUAUCGUGAUCGUGAUUUGUUUGAACGACAAGGAAAUAGUAGUUUUGGUUCACAUAAAUCAUUGUUUCAAAAAUCAAUAUUUUCAAAUUCAUCAUCAUUUUCGAAAUCAUCAAUGAUGAAUGAUAAAAAUUCUGUUGAUUUUGAUAAUAUAAUUGAUCGUGGACGAUCCCGAAUUGAUGAUUUAAAACAAAAAUAUGGUCUUGGUCGAUUUGUAUCAUCUGCAUCUGCAUCUGCAUCCGCAUCAUCAGCUGAUCAAAUGAGAAAUGAUUUUUUUAAUAACCGUAAUCGUCGUAUGAUGUUUGAUGAUGAUGAUCAUAAUGAUAAUGGUAAUCCAUUAGAAGAAACUACAAAUAAAUCACGUAUUGAACAAUGGCUGGAUAAUCAUCAUCAUCGUGAUAAUGAUAAUGAUUAUAGUGAUGGAAGAAAAGAUUUUGAUAAUUGUAUGAAUACAUAUGGUACAAUGAUGAUGAUGAGAAAACCGGCAAAUCGUUUUUCACGAACAACAACAAAUCCGAUUAAUUUAACCGGUACUACCACAAGUAAAAAUAGUAAUGUUAAAACCGAUAUUAUUAAACAUGUUGAAAUAACUGAUUCAAGUGCAACAUGUCAGGUUAUCCGACAUAAAACUAGUCAAAUGAAAACAUCGGAUAAUAUUAUACCAAGAGAUAUACAAUUAAAUUUUAAACUAGAUGAACAAACCGGUGGUUUAAUAUUGAAUCAAACGAAUAUUGUACCGGUGAAUUUGGAUAUGAUGAAUAAAAAUUUAUCAACAUCAUCGACAUCGACAUCGACAGCAACUGCUGCAACAAAUGAAUUAAAAAUUGAAGAACCAAGUUCAUUAUUGGAACAAUUACGUACAUUUGGUUAUAAAAAAUUAGUUGAUCGUCGUUUAUCGGAUUCAUCAUCAACAGAAGAUUUACCAACAGCCAAUACUGUUAUUGAAUCAUCAUCAGCAAGUAUGAUGACAUCAUCGUCGAAUAAAUCAUCAGUGUUUGGUGUAUAUAGUGAUAGAAUGAGCAAACGAAUAAAAGAAUUUCAACACUGAUAUAACUAACUAAAAAUAGUAAAGGGUUAUUGGGUUAGGAUUAUUA